CAAGUUCUUGCCAAAAUUUUUAUUUUUUUCAGAAGUUUAUCGCCCCAUCUCGAGGGGUUUUGAUAACCAUCCACCUACAUAAAAUUUAUAGGUGCACUACAUCCUACUACCGCCCUGUACAAUACAUACCUACCUACCUACACCCCAUCCUCUAGCCUUCAAACGGCAUAUACUUAAUUCCUCAUACUCAGUCAUCAUGUUAAAACAAGUAAUUUCAAAAUCAGCUCGAGCUGUAUGCUCCAACCCAAGAACAAUUGCUCAAAGACCUUUACUGAGGACGCCAUUCUCCCCGGCACCUUUAAGCCCUCUACGAAGUAUAAGAUGGUAUAGUGAGCAGCCAGAAUCGGCUGAAAAAAAGGAGGGCGAAACGGCAACUGCCCAGGUGGAAGCACAGGAUAGCGAGGCACCUAAACCAUCAGAUGCCGAGGUUGAGCUUAAGAAGAAGCUAGAAGCCAAAGAGAAGGAAGUUAUCGACUGGAAGGACAAAUACCUUCGAUCUGUAGCCGAGUUCCGCAACCUUCAAGACCGAACGCAAAGGGAGAUAAAGGCGACACGCGACUUCGCUAUCCAAAAAUUCGCCAAGGAUCUGGUCGAUAGCGUCGACAACUUGGACAGGGCCCUAACAAUGGGUCAGGAAAAGAUCAAGAUGAUGGAAGAGGACAAGAAGAACGAAGAUCUGAUCAACUUCUACGAGGGCGUCAAGAUGACCGAAACCAACAUGCUUCAGACCCUCCAAAAACAUGGUCUGGAACGUUUCGAUCCCCAAGGGGAGAAGUUCAACCCUAACGAACACGAAGCGACCUUCAUGACCCCGAUUCCCGACAAGGAGGACAAUACGGUAUUCCACGUUCAGCAGAAGGGUUUCAAGCUAAACGGACGAGUGCUCAGAGCUGCUAAGGUCGGCGUGGUCAAGAGCCAAUAAACGAUACGAACGAAUCCUAUUAUUCAAUGUAUUAUAUGAAAGACCUUGUAUACCACCACAACUGGACCGGCGUUGGGUAAUGUAUAUAAAAUGCUCCUCUCAUGAAAAAAAAAGGUGGUCGGCGGAAAUUCCUUGUUUAUAAGGUCCACAUGCACGGCACGGCAUGUUUUUGGGGGGGACUCGGCUGUUAAUAUUACAGCUUUCUCGAUCUAUAUGGGUCCUGGGACUUUUGCGUUA